GAGAGCCUCAGGUGCCCGUGGGCAGGGCCGAAUCGGUGGGGACCCGAGGGGACGCUCCUGUCGCUUACCUGCGGGGCCUCGCCGAGAUGCAAGUCCCCGGCCAGCGGCUGAUGAAGGUAGAGGCGGCUCUCCGAGGCCCUUGAGCCUCAGUGGCCGGAGAGGCGGCCGGCAUGGGCUGCAGGGGGCAUGCACCGUGCCUGCUUCUCUUCACCUGGCUCCCAGCAGGGUGUCUGUCCUUGCUGGUCACAGUCCAGCACACAGAACGCUAUGUCACCCUGUUCGCCUCGGUCACCCUCAAAUGUGACUACACCACCUCGGCCCAGCUCCAGGACGUGGUCGUGACAUGGCGCUUCAAGUCCUUCUGCAAGGACCCCAUCUUCGACUACUUCUCUGCCUCAUACCAGGCCGCUUUAUCCCUGGGCCAGGACCCCACCAAUGACUGUAGUGACAACCAGAGGGAAGUUCGCAUCGUGGCCCAGAGGCGGGGGCAGAACGAGCCCGUGCUGGGGGUGGAUUACCGGCAGCGCAAGAUCACCAUCCAGAACCGGGCAGAUCUUGUGAUUAACGAAGUGAUGUGGUGGGAUCAUGGGGUUUACUAUUGCACCAUUGAGGCUCCAGGAGAUACGUCAGGAGACCCGGAUAAGGAGGUGAAGCUCAUUGUCCUACACUGGCUGACAGUGAUCUUCAUCAUCCUUGGAGCCCUCCUUUUCCUGCUGCUGAUUGGUGUGUGCUGGUGCCAGUGUUGUCCUCAGUAUUGCUGCUGCUACAUCCGCUGCCCCUGCUGUCCUACCCGUUGCUGCUGCCCCGAGGAAGCCCUGGCCCGCCACCGCUACAUGAAGCAGGUUCAGGCCCUAGGUCCUCAGAUGAUGGAAAAACCCCUGUAUUGGGGGGCGGACAGGAGCUCCCAAGUUUCAUCUUAUGCAAUGAACCCGCUGCUGCAGCGAGAUCUGUCCUUACGGUCCAGCCUUCCACAGAUGCCAAUGACCCAGACGGCAGCUCACCCUCCCGUGGCCAACGGUGUCCUGGAAUAUUUGGAGAAAGAGUUGCGGAACCUCAACCCAGCUCAGCCUCUGCCUGGCGAUUUUAGAGCCAAAUCUGGCCACCCCUGUAGCAUGCUGUCCUCUCUAGGUUCCACACAGGUUGUGGAGCGCAGAGUCAUCCACCUUCCCCCGCUGAUCAGAGACCCACUGUCCUCCAGGACCAGCGACUCCUCCCACCAGCAGCGGCUCAACCCUGUUUCUUCCAGACCUUGGGAUCCCAGUGAGGGCGGCCGGAGGCAGCGCCAUCACUCCGACUUCCUCCAAGAGCUCCAGGACCGGGGUAUCAGGCCCUGGGCCCCGGGAAGAAGGGAGCUGGACCCCCAUUGGAGUUGGAGGCACCACCGCUCUAGGCCCAGCGAGUCCUCCGUGCCCUGGUCAGACUGGGACAGCCUGAGCGAAGGCCCCUCGUCCAGUGAGGCCCCGUGGUCCCCCAGACGACCAGGUCCCCGGGAAGGCGCCCAGAGACACGGGAGACGCAGGCAUCGCAGCUACUCGCCUCCCCUCCCCGCGGGCCCCAGUUCUUGGAGCUCUGAAGAGGAGAAAGAGUCCCUGCCCAGGAACUGGGGUGCCCAGCGCCGCCACCGCCGCCGCCGCCGCUCACAGUCCCCGAACUGGACUGAGGAGAAGCCACCCAGCUACCGUUCACUGGAUGUUACUUCAGGCAAGAACAACAUGAAAAAAGGGAGUGUGGAGAGGCGCUUGGAGAGAGAGAGCUCCCAUAGCGGACGGAGUGUGGUCAUUUAGUCUCCAGCUGCUGUACCGCUUCAAGGAUCCCACGUGUCCUCAGCAUUACCGAGAUUUCCAGCUUGGUCCUGUCUUGGGAAGGACAGAACACAUCUGUGUCUCACAAGUUUGGACAUAGCUUCUAGGAAUCAAAUAGAAGAAUUUUCAGAACAGGAGCUGUGGGAUUACUAGCCAGCAUUCCCGUUGCUCAUGCCCUCUGCCUCUUACACGAUCUCUGAGUUGAAAGAUGCCUUAGCUAGGAUAUGAUCUCUCGGGAACAGAGUAGCACAAGUGUGCAAGUAGGUCAAGGUGCUCAGGACCAAGGCGUUCACAUAAUGACAACUCAGGAAUCUUAAAGAAGAAAUCAACCGUUAUUUCAGGAACAGGAAGCCUAUGGGAUAGUAUAGGCAAAUUCCCAUAGGAACUUCCUGUCCUCUCUUGAACUUUAGGGUUUUCCACUAAAGUGUCCCCACCUGUGGUCCUGAGUUUCCAUUCCAAGCAAGUGCAGAAGUUCUCCAGCUCUGUGCACACCCACAGGCUGUUUAGUGCAACUCUGGAAAACAAGUUUUUCAACAACCAUA